AUGAGGAGCGCAGCCAAGCCCUGGAGUCCUGUCGUCAAAGCCGGGAGCCAUGGCCCCGAACGUGCACGGCCCCUUCCUACAGCUUCUUCUGGCAUGAGGAGUUCUAAAUCUUCAACCUCCUUGGCUUUUGAGUCCCGGCUCAGCAAGCUCAAGAGGGCCAGUAGUGAGGAUAUGCUCAACAAACCUGGAAGUACCACCUCAUCAGGGGUAGUUCGACUGAAAAAGACUUCGACAGCAGGAGCCAUCUCUGAGCUAGCUGAGAGUCGCCUGAGGACCAAUACAGGGGCUGUUUCAACAACCAAACGGACAGGCAUUCCAGCUCCCCGAGAACUCUCAGUAACUGUCUCAAGAGAGAGGUCUGUGCCACGUGGUCCCUCCAACCCAAGGAAAUCUGGGUCCAGUCCAACUUCCUCCUGUACCCCGACCCCUACCAAGCACCUGAGGACCACUUCAGCAAAAUCCAAGCAAGAGAAUGAAGGUGGAGAAAAAGCUGUUCUUGAGUCUCAAGUUCGGGAACUUCUGGCAGAAGCCAAAGCCAAAGACAGUGAAAUCAACAGGCUUCGAAGUGAACUAAAGAAAUGUAAGGAGAGAAGGGCCCUGAGCACUGAGGGGACUGAUGCUUCGGACCCAAGUGUUGAUGGGAUAUCAGCCCCACCAGGUGACACAGAAGCUUUAUUAAGAGCCCUUGAGGAGAAGAACAAAAUCUUUCAGAAAGAGCUUGCUGACCUAGAGGAAGAAAAUAGGGCCUUGAAGGAGAAACUGACUUACCUCGAGCAGUCACCAAAUUCUGAAGGGGUAGCAAGUCACAUUGGUGACAGCAGCUGCCCAACAUCCAUAACUCAAGAGUCAAGCUUUGGAAGUCCAACUGGAAAUGAGCUGUCAAGUGAAAUUGAAGAGUAUAAAAAAAACACACAUGGAAAUACACUGCGGACAUCAGGGUCCUCGAGCAGCGAUGUUACCAAAGCUUCCUUGUCACCAGAUGCCUCUGAUUUUGAGCACAUCACUGCAGAUACCCCGUCUCGGCCCUUGUCCUCCACUAGCAACCCUUUUAAGAGCUCCAAGUGUUCCCCUACUGGGAGUUCCCCAAAUAACGCCAGCGAGCUGUCCCUGGCUUCCCUCACAGAGAAGAUACACAAGAUGGAAGAAAAUCAGCACAGCACUGCAGAAGAGCUGCAGGCUACUCUGCAAGAGUUAUCAGACCAGCAGCAAAUGGUGCAGGAACUGACAGCUGAGAACGAGAAACUGGUGGACGAGAAGACGAUUUUAGAGACAUCAUUUCACCAGCAUCGAGAAAGGGCAGAGCAGCUAAGUCAAGAAAAUGAGAAACUGAUAAACCUUUUACAAGAGCGAGUGAAGAAUGAAGAGCCCAAUGCCCAAGGAGGAAAAAUCCUGGAGCUGGAGCAGAAGUGCACAGAUAUUCUUGAGAAGAGCCGCUUUGAAAGAGAGAAGUUGCUCAAUAUUCAGCAGCAGUUGACCUGUAGCUUACGGAAGGUUGAGGAAGAAAACCAAGGAGCUUUAGACACGAUUAAGCACCUAAAGGAAGAAAAUGAAAAACUUAAUGGGUUUCUAGAACUAGAGCGGUGUAAUAAUAGUGUGAUGGCCAAAACUUUGGAAGAAUGUAGAGUUACCUUGGAAGGCUUGAAGACGGAGAAUGGGUCCUUGAAGUCUCAUUUGGAGGGAGAAAAGCAAAAAACUAUGGAGACCAGUAGUAGUACCCUGGGGCAGACAGCAGAGAACUGUAAAGUCCAGGAAAUGUUGGAAGUGGCUCGAGCUGAAAAAGAUCAACUGGAACUGUCUUGCACAGAGCUCAGACAAGAAUUGCUAAAGGCAAAUGGUGAAAUUAAACAUGUUUCAAGCCUGCUAGCCAAGAUGGAAAAAGAUUAUUCUUACCUGAAGGAGAUCUGUGAUCAUCAAGCAGAACAGCUGAGCAGAACCAGCCUAAAACUGCAAGAGAAAGCAUCAGAGAGUGAUGCAGAGAUAAAAGACAUGAAAGAAACCAUAUUCGAAUUGGAAGAUCAGGUGGAACAGCACCGGGCUGUCAAGUUACACAAUAAUCAACUCAUUAGUGAGCUGGAAAGCAAUGUGAUCAAAUUGGAGGAACAGAAGUCAGACUUGGAACGGCAGCUGAAGACCCUGACAAAGCAGAUAAAGGAGGAGACAGAGGAAUGGAGGCGGUUCCAGGCAGACCUGCAAACUGCAGUGGUUGUGGCCAAUGACAUCAAGUGUGAGGCCCAGCAGGAACUGCGCUCUGUUAAGAGGAGGCUGCUGGAAGAGGAAGAGAAGAACGCCAGGCUACAAAAGGAGCUGGGGGACAUGCAGGGCCAUAGCAGCUCCAUGGUCUCUGUCAGCUAGCAGAGCAUUUGGUGGAAGAAAGACAGUCCAGCCCUUGCCAUGAUUGGAAACUACAGCCAUUUCUAUAUGAAAGGGGGAGUCUGUAGAGGAGAAAUUACUGCUUUAUAAAGAACCCAGUUGUUUUGUGUACAUUCAUUGUUCCCCACAGAGUCAUUGCAAUCAAGUCUCUUUACUUUUUUCCUACAUUCUGGAAUCAAAUCAUGCAUGAUCAAAGAUAAUCAUUUUGUCCCCCCCUCAGAAGAUUCAGUGUUCUCUUUUUGGAAGAGUAAAAUGAAGUUCAGAAAAAAAAUUUAAAAACAAGUCCUUUGAAAGAAAUAUUUUAUAUGCAACCGGAGUGUUCAGAAAGAAUAACUGCAUAGCAAACUCCAAGUGUUGGUGAAUGUAUGGGUUCUCCUUUUGGAGUUUAUUUUUAUGCUGCCUUUUGGUAUAGUAUCUGAUAAUCUGAGAAUUCACACUACCCAAGGCAAAAUAAGAAGCCGUCUGCAUGAUGCCUUAUUCUGAAGAAGUUAGAAAGUUCUGCUCCCUUUUAUCAAGUCUUGAUUCAGCCUUUCCAAGCUGGGGUCUCGCUUUAUUACCUCAUCUGAAACAAGCUACCACCAAGCUUUGGUCUAUUUUCCAGAAUCUUCAUUGAGCUAAACAUAAAUAGAUAUUUGGUUGAUAAUAAAAGAUGAAGUUAACCAGAUAGGUAUGCAGUAACAGUGCUAACUGAAAACUAAUGAAGGACAACUUACAACAAAAGACUUGUGAAUAAAACUUACCAUGAAAACUUAAAAGAUUUUUUAAUGCAGAAGUGUACAAUUCAGAGUUGGGAAGAACAUUUGUAAAUAUCUUUACCUGAUUCAGCAAAGUCCAUCAGGCAAAAGCCUACUGCUGUGCUUCUCAUGUGAGGAGACGUUUACAGUGUAUACAGUGUAGGGUUGUUAGCUGCAUCAUGCAUGCUAAGGAUAAGAUAGGAGUUGUUAUCUAAUAAAGGAAAAAUUAGGAUCAAGAAUGCUUUUUAAACUCAGGAAGAUGUUUUGGGGAAUCAAACUGGGGAGUACAGAUUCACUAGAAAUAUUUAGCUUUGUGUGGGAAAGAAGAGACGUUAAUGUCUUCUCUGUAAAAAUAAUUAAGAUACUUGCUGAAAUUGUCUAGUAGGAUUGAAAUUUUUAUUCUAAGAGAUAUUUACCUCAGAUUGAGAAUUUUUAGAAUGACUUAAAAUUUACUUGCUGGGUGUUUUCAAAUAUAAACAACAGUAAAUAAAAAAAAAUAAGAAAAAUGCAACCUCAACUUAAAAUGCACA